GUACUUAUUUAAACGAGAGUAGGUAUCUUCUAUAUUUCAAAUUUAAACGAUAGUAUUUGUAUUCUCUAACUCUAAUAUGAUCACGAGGGUGAUUGUGGCACUCUUUGCUAUGCUUGUACAUGCACAAGCUAUAGACAUUGCAAAGCUAAGGGUCUUUGCAGCCAAGAACAAUGUGUCUUGCAUUUUUGUGUUUGGCGACUCUAGUGUUGAUCCUGGUAACAACAAUAACCUUCUUACGGACCAAAAGGUUAACUUCUUGCCUUAUGGUAAAGACUUCUACAAUGGCCGACCUACCGGACGGUUUAGCAACGGAAGACUUGCAACUGAUCUCAUUGCGGAGGCAUUGGGUCACACGAAAACCAUACCUGCGUAUCUUGAUCCAAAUUUGACAAAUGCACAACUUCCUAACGGUGUUAGCUUCGCGUCUGGUGGUUCUGGUUUUGAUGAUCUUACUGCCGAGCUCUCGAACGUGAUAUCACUCUCCAAACAAUUGGAUUACUUUCGGCAAUACAAGGCGAGACUAGGAAGGCUGGUGGGGAAGAAAAGAGCUCAGAAAAUCGUCACAAAUGGUGUGUUUUUACUGAGCAUGGGGACGAAUGACUUCCUACAGAACUAUUACAUCGAGCCUACUCGUGCUAAACAAUUCACCAUAGACGAGUAUCAAGAUUUCUUGAUUUCUGCCAUGACAAAGUACAUUAAGGAAAUGCACGUCGAGGGUGCAAGGAGAUUAGCAGUGGUGGGAAUGGAGCCAUUUGGGUGUAUUCCACUCAUAAAAGCGCUUAGAGGAACAGUUGAGUGCGAUGAUGUUUACAACAAGGUGGCACUUACCUUCAACACAAAGAUCAAAACACUUAUGGCUUCUCUUAAACCAUCAUUGGGAAUCAUAAACUUCUACACAGACAUUUAUAGUCUUAUACUGGACACAGUUCAAAACCCAAGAAAAUAUGGUUUUGUAGAGGCAUCAAAGGGUUGUUGUGGAUCAGGAUUAGAGUUCGGGUCAAGCUGUAAAGGGUUGUCUACUUGUGUCAAUAGAAGCAAAAAAACAGGUAUCAGCGACGGAAUCAACGACGGAGAAAAUCCUAGCUAG